CGCCUCGAAACCCCUCUUCCUCCACCUCCUCUUAAGUCUCCCUCUUCUCUACAAACCCUAGAAAUCGCGCGAAGCUUCACGAACCUUCGCCAUGAACUUCCGCUUCCAGAACCUGCUCGGCGCCCCCUACCGCGGCGGCAACGCCGUGGUGUCGGAGGACUCCCUCCUCCUCUCCCCCGUGGGCAACCGCGUCUCCGCCACCGACCUCCUCCGGUCCCAAACCCUAACCCUACCGUUCGAGGCCUCCUCCAACGUUGCCCGCGUGGCCGCCUCCCCCGACGGCGCCUUCCUCCUCGCCGUCGACGACGCCUCCCGCGCCCUCUUCGUCAACCUCCGCCGCCGCGCCGUGCUCCACCGCAUGGCCUUCAAGGGCCCCGUCACCGCCGUGCGCUUCAGCCCCGACGGCGCCCUUAUCGCCGUCGGCGUCGGCAAGCUCCUCCAGAUAUGGCGGUCCCCCGGCUUCCGCAAGGAGUUCUUCCCCUUCCACCUCGAGCGAACCUUCCCCGACUGUGCCGCUGCAAUCACCGCGCUCGAUUGGAGCCCCGACUCCGCCUACCUCCUCGCCGGAUCGAAGGAUCUCACGGUGAGGCUCUUCCCGUUGAAGAGGUCGAAGCGGUCGCUUAGUAAGGCUUUCCUGUUUCUAGGGCACAGGGAGCCCAUAGUCGGGGCGUUCUUUGCGACGGAGAAGAAGACCGGUAGGGUUCAUCGGGUGUAUACAAUUUCUAGGGAUGGGGCUAUAUUUACUUGGAAUUUGGACCAAAGUCGAGAUUUUGAUGACUCUAAAGGGAGCAUUUCGGACCCUCCCUCUCCCGGCACGCCCGAACAGAGGCCUUCUAGGGUAAAUCCUGAUGAUGAUUUUAUGGAAUUAGACAAUAGCAAUAGGAAAAGAAAGAUCUCAUCUGAAACUGUCGAUGCUGAAGAGUCUGAAACCCCUUUGCACAGAGCAAAAUGGGAGCUUCAAAAGAAAGAUUUCUUCAUGCAGUCGCCAGCAAAGUUGACGGCUUGCGAUUACCACAGGGAACUUGAUAUGGUGGUCGUUGGGUUCUCGAAUGGGGUUUUUGGGCUAUACCAGAUGCCGGAUUUCGUGUGUAUCCACUUGCUUUCCAUUUCGAGAGAGAAGAUAACAACUGCAGUGUUUAACAAGCUCGGAAACUGGUUGACAUUUGGUUGUGCGAAGCUUGGGCAGCUGCUUGUGUGGGAAUGGCGAUCAGAAAGCUACGUUUUGAAGCAACAAGGGCAUUACUUUGAUGUAAAUUGUAUUGCAUAUUCACCGGAUUCACAAUUGCUGGCAACAGGAGCUGAUGAUAACAAGGUUAAGGUGUGGACAGUUUCAUCAGGUUUCUGUUUCAUAACAUUUUCUGAGCACACCAAUGCUGUAACUGCACUUCAUUUUAUGGCUAAUAAUCACUGUCUCCUAAGUGCAUCUCUCGAUGGGACUAUCCGUGCAUGGGAUUUGUUUCGUUAUAGAAAUUUCAGGACAUUUACCACCCCUUCGCCUAGACAAUUUGUUUCCUUGGCAUCUGACCAGAGUGGAGAAGUAAUAUGUGCUGGAACUCUUGAUUCUUUUGAGAUAUAUGUUUGGUCAAUGAAGACUGGCCGCUUGUUGGAUGUUCUCAGUGGUCACAGCGGACCUGUACAUGGCUUAAUGUUUUCACCAACAAAUGCUAUACUGGCAUCUUCAUCGUGGGACAAAACUGUUCGCCUGUGGGAUGUAUUUGAUGGAAAAGGUGCAGUAGAGACAUUUCCACAUACACAUGAUGUUCUUACUGUUGCUUAUCGUCCCGAUGGAAAACAGCUAGCUUGCAGCACACUAGACGGUUUAAUCCACUUUUGGGAUCCUUUAGAUGGCCUUUUGAUGUACACAAUUGAGGGCCGUAGGGAUAUUGCUGGUGGGCGUCUUAUGACUGAUAGGAGAUCAGCGGCCAAAUCAAGUUUUGGGAAGUAUUUUACAACUUUGUGCUAUUCUGCUGAUGGAAGCUAUAUUUUGGCUGGAGGGAAUAGCAAAUACAUUUGCAUGUAUGAUGUUGCCGAUCAGGUAUUGUUGCGUAGAUUUCAAAUCACUCGCAAUCUCUCUUUGGAUGGAGUACUUGAUUUCCUGAACUCCAAGAAGAUGACAGAUGCGGGUCCAAUUGAUUUAAUUGAUGAUGAGAACAGUGAUGUUGAUGACGGAGUUGACCAACAAACAAGGGGAAACUUGGGGCAAGAUUUACCUGGUUCUGUUCCAAAUCGUGGAAGACCCAUUGCUCGUACAAAAUGUUUGAAAAUUGCACCAACUGGAAGAUCUUGGGCAGCAGCGACCACUGAAGGAGUUUUAAUGUACUCAAUUGAUGAAUCAUUUGUUUUUGAUCCAACUGAUCUAGACUUGGAUGUUACUCCUGAGAAAGUAGAUGAAGCUCUCGCAGAGGGCCAGCAGCAGAGAGCUUUGUUGCUUAGCCUGCGCCUGAAUGAAGAUUCUCUAAUUAAGAAAUGCAUCUUCGCUGUGGAUCCAUCAGAUAUACCAGCUAUUUCUUCUUCAAUUCCCUCUAAGUAUCAUCAGAGGUUGAUUGAAGCAUUUGCCGAUCUUUUAGAAAGCUGUCCGCAUCUUGAAUUCAUUCUUCAGUGGUGUCAGGAGCUUUUUAAAGUUCAUGGUCAUUUUAUUCAGCAAAAUUCCAGAAGUUUUCUUCCAGCACUUAAAUCCUUGCAAAAGGCAAUCACAAAGCUACAUCAAGAUCUGACCGACACUUGUUCUUCAAAUGAAUAUCUCUUGAAGUAUCUUUUAUGCUCUAGGGGGACGAUGACAUAGGGAUGUUAAGUGAAUUCCUUCGGUCGUUGGAUUCACCGUACACUCGCGAAUCAUAUGUCUAUACUUGAGGAACUUGUGCUAAACACACCGUCGGUUCUUCCUAUUAUCAGAUAUACAUUCCCAUGGCUGCAAAACAACCACGUCGUCGCAUGAGUCGCUAGUGUUGUGGGUGCUGGAUCUACCGUAUUGUCUGGGCACCAUGCGAUGUGAGGCCGCGAUAUUUAGUCGGCGCUGCGAACAAAAUUCCAUUCUACUUUAGUUUCCUGAGAAAGUCGAGACGAGAUCUAUGCUCCUUGGAAUUAUGCUUUUCAGUGAUGUUCAUACCAUAGAGGGAGUGAUCAGGCUUAACUGUUGUAGCAGUAAAGCCCCCAUGAGUUCUGUGUAACACAGUGCAAAUUUUGGCGUUCCUUUUCUUGUAGGCUAUUGAGUUAACGAAACUAUGAAAUCCUUCGAAUUCGAGUUGGUUUUAAUAAAUUACAGGUCAAUCUAACA